AUGUCCGAACCAGGCCCAGAAUCCAUCCCCACAAGCGCAGAUCCCCGCAGCAAGCGUCCAACAAAGCGACGCGCCGUGACACCACAUUCCGAAGUCGCCAAUGAGAUCCAGACACUCUUCAAAGACCCAAGCAAAGAUCUGCAACUUCCCAAUGCUCUGAAACCGCGCACCGUAGCGUCACUCUCAGCGCCGCCAGAGAUCGUCACCAAUGUGCAGGGAUCAUCGGCCGGUGCGGGAUCUGGCGAAUUCCACGUGUACAAGGCCAGUCGGAGGCGGGAAUAUGAAAGACUGCGGAUGAUGCAGUCUGAGGUGGAUAAUGAGAAGAGUGAUGAGGCUUGGAAGAAAGAGCGCGAAGAAGCAAGGCGCAAGGAUGAGGAGAAGACAGAGAAGAAUCGGAGGAGGAGGGAGAAGAAGAAGAAUGCGCGUGGAAAGAAGGGUGGUGGUGAUCAGAAUGAUGUUGCUCUUGUGAAGAGCGCGGCUGCCCCGGGCUCCAUGGUUACUAUGGAAGGCCAGGAUGGGGCCGCUGCGGAUGUGCAAAUGGCCCAGCAGGAAGUUCCUGGUGUGAUUUUCCAUGAUGAGGACUAG